UGUAACCAAUUAAGUCAUCCGGCAGCUGAGCCUAGCUGAGAGGACGUGAAGCCCUCUAGCUAACGUCAUCUAAACAGUCAAAAUCUUAACAUUUUAAUAAUCACUUCAUAUUGUGAUUUGAUAACUCCAAAGAACAGAUAUGAUUAAAGCCAUCUUGAUAUUUAACAACCACGGGAAACCGCGGCUGAUCAGAUUCUAUCAGUAUUUUGCGGAGGACAUGCAGCAGCAGAUAAUUCGGGAGACUUUCCAUUUGGUGUCUAAAAGAGACGACAAUGUCUGCAACUUCUUGGAGGGUGGAAGUCUCAUCGGUGGCUCCGACUACAAGCUGAUUUACCGGCACUACGCAACCCUCUACUUUGUCUUCUGUGUGGACUCGUCUGAGAGUGAGCUCGGCAUUCUGGACCUGAUCCAGGUGUUUGUGGAAACGCUGGAUAAAUGCUUUGAAAACGUCUGUGAACUGGACCUCAUAUUCCACAUGGACAAGGUCCAUUAUAUCUUGCAGGAGGUGGUGAUGGGAGGCAUGGUGCUGGAGACCAACAUGAAUGAAAUCGUAGCCCAAGUCGAAGUGCAGAACCGCAUGGAAAAGUCAGAGGGAGGUCUAUCGGCGGCCCCCGCUCGCGCCGUCUCUGCUGUGAAGAACAUGAACCUGCCCGAGAUUCCCCGAAACAUCAACAUCGGAGACAUCAAUAUCAAAGUGCCGAGCCUCUCCCCGUUCUGAACAGCAUUCCAGCUGAGCUCUACAGGGCUGAUGUACUACUGAUGCAGUUCCCCUCCACCCAGUUCUGUUGUUAAUACAGGGAAAACUAUUUUAUAUAUUAUGUAUUAUGGAACCACGGCAGUUUAUUCUCCCCCUCAUUCUUUUCACAUGGAUGGGAGAUAAGCUGUAAGUUAUUUUUGAGUUCUACUAUAUACAAUUUACAGAUAACGCCAGGAUUUGCACAAUAAUGUAAAGUUUGAUUCUAUAAAGCAUCAAGAGUGAUAUUAAUGUCUAUGUAUUUUCUGCUGUUCUUUUUGUUUUUUAUUUAUCCUGUUGAUUUCCUACUCUUUCCAAAAGAAAAAUGAACUCUGUUGGUCCAGUGCGUAUUUUCCUGCACAACUCUUCUAAAUCUCUGACAUUCAUCACCGGUUGUCCUGUCUAACGUUCCCAGUCUAGAGUGAGCUUUUGGACUCGGCACAGUUCACAGUAAUAAGAUCCUUUGGCUCUUGCAUUGGGCUAUAAUUACUCAAACACAUCUUUAUCUCCUGUUCCAAGUGUGUGUUCAUGUGGACUUGGAUUAGACUCCCCUGUUUGGCUCUUGUCACAGUUUAUUUUUCCUUCUCGGUAAUAUAUAGUAUCUCUGACAUCCUUGUGAUUUGUGAAUAAUAUUAUUGUUCUCCUGGGUGCACAGUGUGUUCAGCACGGCAAACGUAAAUGAUGUUUAGUUCUAGCCAAGUUUGAAUGUGCUGUGACUAUCUUGCCAACAUCUGUUCAGAGAGGCAACAGACUAACUUUGACCUUUCUUGGUUCUAAGCGUUUGUAUAAAGUGUGUUUGUGUCUUAUUGGCUGUACUUAGUGGUCACAUAGAAUCAGCUUCAGACUGUCGUUUAAGAUAUCUGCUAGAGUUUUACCAUUAAGUCCUGUCAAGGAAGGCGAAUGUGUCUGUGUCAAUGACAUUCCAUGCCAAGAUAAAUUAAAUAAAUUAAAAUGCAAA